AUGCAAACCGGUCAAGACAAUGAAAGUCAGCUUAUUUUGGUGCAGAACAAUUUAAGAACAUUGCCAUUGGAACUAGUGAGAAAGCACUCGGGACAUACAGAGCUAUUGGACUUGAGCCAUAACAGUAUAAAGGAUUUGUCCUGGCUAGCCGAGUUUGAACAAUUGCGGCACUUGGUUCUGGAUAGUAAUCGCAUGCAUGAAGCACAUCUAAGGACAUUGUCACGCCCCCUGCCCCAAUUGGAAGUACUGAUGCUUAACAAAAAUGAGUUCAGUGACCUGCCAACAACGACACGACUGAUCAAGCGGCUAUUUCCCAAUCUUCAGUAUUUGAGUCUCCAUGGAAACCCAAUCUGCCCAGAUGGGCUGGAGCUGCAGCCCUUCUCCGGUUACCUUCGCUAUGACUACCAAUAUUACAGUAAUUACAUUGCACAGUCGCUGAGCAAACUGAAAUUUCUGGAUCAUGGACUGGUUCAACGUACCUACCAAUACGAGAGUUUUCCUCUCAAGAACUAUGAUGGUAGACCGUUGGUAAAAACUACGAGUUUUUAAAAUAGUUAAAUAGUAUUAAUAAUUUUUUCAAUAGUAAAUAAACUGUU